AUGUCCACCACAACGACUGGAACCACCAGCGCAGCCUCAGCCACCUCAAGCUGCCAUGCCAAGCUAUACGACAUCCCUGUGCACGACGCCGCAUGCGCAAUGCCGAUGAAGGGCAACUACUCGUCUAUCAUGAGUAGCUGCUGUGACAAGGCAUCCGUCGUCGAAUACGACGAUUGUGACUAUUACUGUCUCGCGGAGGGCCAAUCCGUCGGUGUCCUUGCGGAGUGUCUGAUCAAGGCUUCAGAACCUGGCGAGGUUUGGUGCAACACUAACGCCAACGCCACUGCCACCGCAACAGCUACUGCGACCGGUACUGGAGUUGUCACUCUGAGUGCCACCACAACCGGCACUUCUUCGACUGGCUCUGCUACUUCCAGCGGCGCUUCUUCGACCUCGACCUCGAAUGCUGCCCCCGCAGUCAUGGCCCCUCGUGCCUUGUCCAAGUCUACCAUUGGCCUCGUUGGAAUGUUGCUGGCUGGAUCUGCCGCCGGACUUUUCCUGUAA